AUGGGUUCCAUCGUUCCCUUCUACUUGCCACCACCACCACCCGGAUAUCAACUCGUCUAUGUACCUCCUCGCUCGAACCAUCACAAUCACAUCGCCAAUCAUUCGUCUCGUUGCGGUUCCACUCAUUCCUGCUCCACCAUACCGUCGGCUGGACUGUCAACUCCUCCGACGCACCAAAACCCAUCGUUACCUACCCGGUCUGAUACACCCAUGUCCUCCCGUUCUGACGGCGUCAACCAUCUACUGACGGACCAUGAUUGCGUGCUUAGAAAAUAUGAGAUGAAGAUGAGGCAGCAGCCUGUCCAAGCUAGGAUGUGUGGCGUGGGGGAAAAGUCCGACAGGAGACCGGUUGAUCCCACUCCCAUCAUCCAGUUGAAAGUAAUGGAUGAAAAUGGUGAAGAUAUCACUCCGACUGAUCCCAGAUCAAGAACUUCGCUAAGGCGUCCUAGUCCAGGUCCGAACGGUAUGACAUUUAUGCAGAACCCAUAUUACUUCCUUUUCGCCUGUCUGGUCGGCGGCGACGAGAACGAAGAUGAAUUACACGUCAUUGACGAUGGUAAAACUCGGUUCUUGACUGGAACGCCAGUCUCAUCCCUAUACCACCUCAAAGACCUCGAUAAUACCGAUGCUGCCUUCUUUGUUUUCCCCGAUCUUGGAGUAAGGAAAGAAGGAAGGUAUAAACUCAAACUGACGUUGUUUGAGAUUGUGGAUCAAGAAGUAUUUUAUUGUACGACCAUGUUCACUUCGACUUUCUCCGUUUAUUCGGCGAAGAAAUUCCCUGGAAUGUCGAAAGCCACCGAUCUGUCCAAGUCGUUUGCAGAGCAAGGAUUGAAGAUCAGAGUCCGUAAAGAUCCCCGUCAACCCGCCGCAAGACUUUCCAAAUCGAAGCGAAAGAGUGAUGCCGCCGAUUCAGACGAUGAUCACGACUCACCACGUCAUCACCACCUACAUCAUUCUCAUCAAGAGCAAAGGCGUCAGCAUCCUCCACCUCAGCAUCAUCAUGAUCAUCAUCAUCAGGCUAAGAGGUCACGAGGCGCUUCGGUAGGAUACCCUUCCAAUGAGCCAGAAGCUGUCGGUAGGUAUUACAGACCCACCUCAUCCCAUGGUGAACCGUCUACCACGACCUACCACCCGUCAUAUCCACCUCAACCACCCUCAUCCUCUGGUGGAUACCCACCUGGAUAUCAUCCAAACUACCCUCCACCAGGUCAUCACAUGCCACCUCCACCUCCCCCAUCCGCAUUCGAUCCUUAUCGAAAUCAUCAAGCGAUCUCACCCAAUUAUCCACCAGGUGCACCGGGAUACCCCUCACAGUAUUAUGGAUCCAAUUCCGGUAGACCAUCUACACACCCCUCACCUGGUCCUGCUUCAACCACGACCAAUAGCAGACAUCAUCAAUCGCUGCCUCCCCCUGGGUAUGGUCCACCAGAACAUCCCAACUUCCAGCAGCAACACCAGCGUCAACACCACCAACAUACCCCAUCACCAUAUUACGCUGAUGGUUAUCAACCGCCAUCUGCUCCUGGUGGGUAUAAUCAACGUACGCCUUCCUACCCUGGCACACCCUAUGGUGAACCCCAGGGACAAAGGGGUGGACCAUGGCCUGGAUCUCAAAUCCAAGAUCGAAGGGAUACCCAUCCACAGGAAAGAGAAAGAGAAAGGGAGAUCAUGUAUGUCCGAGAGCGUGAACUCGAAAGAGAACGAGAAAGAGAAAGAGAGAGGUUCAGAGGACAACCUCAACGUAAUAGGAUGAGAGAAGGACCUGGACCUCUAUCACCUCGGUCUAGAGUAUCACCUACCAGAUCGAAUUUCCACCAACAUCAACAUCAACCUUCGCCUACUCUAUCCGCUGGCUCGAAUUUCGGUAGACCUCCUUCAUCCUCUUCUGCUGGUGCACUGGUAUCACCAAAUAACGUUACUCUCCCACCAUUGAGUUUAUCUACACCCACUUCGAGAAGUAGACCUCUACAACUCAGUGGUAGUGGUGGGAGUGCAAGUAGACCAAACUCAGCGGGAUUACCACCUAUCUUAUCUUCCGCUGAACGCGAUAGAGAUAGGGAGGAGAGAUUGAGUCAACGAUCAGCUAGUAUAGGUUUGAGGUCUGCUUCUGCAUCAGCGUCAAGGAAUCAAAGUCCAUUACCACAGAAUACUCCGCCACUACCUGCACAGCCGCUCAGUGCGAAAACGACGGAUAGGAUGAAAUUGCAUAAUUUCGUGGAUUAG